GGCCUUUGGCCACCAUAUUUCUUUUCUUGAGAAGUAAAAUAAACAUUGUAAUAUUUGUAAUUUUAAUUUUUAUGUACAAAGUUGCUUCUAACAUGUUACAUUUAAUUUAAAGGAAGAUAUUUGAAAGAGGCGUGCUUGUUAUAAUAUGCCAUGGAUUCGACACUAUCCUUCUUUAGCCUACCAUUUGUAGACUCGGACAGUGCUGAUUUGGCACUAAAUAUCAAGAACGUAAAUCCUGAUUGUGGUUAUGAGGAGCUGCACUCCAGUUUGCCCUCGCACAGUGGCUUGCUCGGGCAUGACGAUGUCUUGGCCCAGUUUCUGUCCCCGGACGAGCCGCUGGAGGAGCCCGACCUCAACGGCCCCACCACCUUGCACUGCGAGAUUUGUCAGAAAAAGUUUGACAAUGCUAAGAAGUACUAUGGUCACCUUAGAAUACAUUCCAAGGGCAAUGCUUGGGUUUGCGACAAGUGCCCAGACCAGAAGUUUGCCACGAAGCAGCACCUGAUGAAGCACAGCCUCAUCCACAAGCCGCUGGAGCGAGUGUGGCGGUGCCAGCACUGCAGCCUGUCCUUUGAAGCUCUCUGGAGGCUCCAGCAGCAUCUCUUCUCCACACAUUUAGAGUACAGGCCCCACAAGUGUGACGUAUGUGAAAAAGCUUUCCAUAAAAAGUCAGAUUUAAAGAGGCACAUAGAUAUGCACAAUAAAGUAAGGAAGUUUGCGUGUUCAGUAUGUCUGAUGGAGUUCAAGGACAAGUGUAAUUUGAAGAGGCACUUGUUGACGCACACCAAUGAGAAGCCCUACUGCUGUGCAGGCUGCGGAAAUAGGUAUAAACAGUUAGCAUCAAUGAAGAGGCACAGUGCAAAGUGCCCCAAAAAUCAGAACAACAAUACAACUGGGGAUCCCAAAGCGCGGAAGAACCACUGCCGAGUGUGCGGAAUGAUGUUCCAGUACAAGAGUGCUUUAUUGGAACACUGCGUCAGGCAACACACAAACGCUCCCAGCACCUCAAACCUGCCGACCGUUGUAGAACACGACAAGUCGCAAGUCCAACUCACGAUGGACCACAACCGCCUCGACACCAUCGUCGACGACAUCCUCGCCGCAGAGGACGACUACCUUUCCCUCUCGCACAACAACCUUCUCAACUACAACCAGAACGAGAUGCAAGACAACAACGACAACCUCAUGCAUGUAGAGUUCCUCAAAGCUAUGAACCAGCUACACAGUCUCGACGAUGAACUCUUUUACAACGAUCUAGACUUAGACAACUUCCAAGCGUCUCAUAUCUUCAACAUGAAUACUAACGAUAUGGAUUAUAAUGAUAAAAAUGGAGAAAUACUCUUCGAUUUUGCUGAUAACGGGAGAAGUAUGGAUCAAGAUAUCAUGAAUGUGCUAUCCGAUGUUGUCCCGGAGACAAAUAAGACUGAACCUGAAAACCCUCCGGUCUCCGUUAAUGAAUGUGCGACCAUUUUUGAAAGUGAUGUAGAUUUGGAAGCUAGCACAAAUUUAGCAGCGAAUUUAAGUCAGUUGAUUGGAGAGAAUAACGUACAUUACGUAUCGACUGAAGAUGAUGAUACAUUUAUAAUUAGUUUAAACAGUGGUAUAGACGCUGAGCAGUUGACUGAUAUGUUAAACAUAGGAGUCGAAUUAGUUGAAAAUAAUAAUGAAGAGAAAGCAUCAGAAGUUACACCAGAAGCAGAUAAGACUGACUAUCAGAUAGAUGAACCGAUUGUAGUGAAAAUAGAAGAGCCUGUGCUGAAUAAUGAAGUACCUAAUGAUAAUAAGGAAAAUGUUAUAGUUAAGCCAAAGAUCAAGAAAUGCACGUUAUUUAUUUGCCGGACUUGUAAUAAAGUAUUUAAGAAAAAGGAGAAUUAUAAAUCACAUAAAGCAAUUCACAACCCAUCUCUGCGAGCUCACCGCUGCCGCCAGUGCGGUCUCCGCUUCAGUUACCGCUCGACGCUCAACAAGCACCGCGCCGCUCAUGAACAGCGUCCCAAGCGGCAGAUCCGCUGCGAACACGCAGGCUGCGAGAAGAUAUACGACGCAGUAUGGAAGUUAAAAAAUCACGUAGAGCGCGACCACGAGAAGCUGAUGCCCUACAAAUGCAACAGGAAAGGCUGCGGCAAGAGGUUCUACAAACACUGCGACCUGCAGAAACAUGAUAGGUUGCACUCGGGCGAGCGGCCAUAUUCGUGCGACAUCUGCCAGCGCGCGUUCCAACAGAUUUCCCACCUGAAGCGACACGAGCGGACCGUCGACUGCACACAACACGUACAGUGGCAGCGAUGACGACCUUGGAGCUCUGUUAGUUUAAUUAAAAAUAUUGUGCUUAACAAUAAUACUGUGAUAAUGCACUUCGUUAAUAUUAUAUCAAUCGUGAAUAUUAAAUAUAUUUGAAUCUA